GAGACGGGGAGAGGAGCGAGGCAGAGGAGGGACUGUGCGUUUCACUGUGCCUUUAAAGCGCCAAGCCCCUCCUCCGCAGAGCUGAGCAGAGCAGUCGAGUGGUGCUGGCAGGAACCUGAGCCCCACGAUAAACUCUGGCAUCAGCUUCCCUUCAUCCGGCAGUCAGCGAGGACACAGCGAGGGCGCAGGGGCAGGGAGACAGGGACGGAGGAAGAGAGAAACAGAGAGAGUGACAGAGAAGGGGGGGUAGAGAGAGAGAGAGACAAAAAGAGGCAGAUAGGCAGAGAGAGAGAGGCUGUCAUUGGAAUCACACAGCUCCUUCCUCACAGCAGCAACAGCAGCUCUGUCUGUUGCCUCCUGAUGCAGGCGACCGCUGACUGGGAUGACGGGUGGCUCGUUUUCGGCAGCACAGUGAUCUGAGUGAUGGUAGCGGCCGCGUCGGCAUCACAGUCCGAGGCAGGAGCUCUCCUCACCGCUCUGGCUCUUAGUCAUCCUCAGCCUCCUCUCUGCCUUCUCAGAGUGCCAUCAGGGCCAUUCAUCGCUCCCAUCUCAUGCCUCCUGCCUUCUCCUCUUCCUCCUCCUCCUCCUCCUAAUUCUACUCCUCCUCUGAUGAGCCACAGCCUCAGAGUGAAAUCACCCUGCUGAUAGAAGCUUCUCCCUCUGUCAAGACAGUGCCAUGUGUGAUUGGCCAGCGCGCCCCGUGGCAGUGGCAUCGCCCUGGAUUUGGCGAGAAGAUCUCCCCCCCGCUUGUUCUCUGGGGCUCCUCUGGGAAGCUUUCAUGGGAUUUAUUUGGUCCUGCUGGAUGGCACGGAGCUCGCUGCCUCUCUGAAAAGAGUCCAGGGAGAAAACACACACUACACGGAUAAGAAGUAAAAUAAUUAUCCAAUCACAGCACAAGGAGGCAGAGCGGGUUCCCUUAGCAACAACUGAAGGAGAGAAGAGAAUCCCUUUUUCCCCUCUUUCUGCUCCCUUGGCUUUUGGGCACACCCCUGUGGACUGCUGGGGGUCAGUGUUUUUGCGAGAGGACUUGGCACGUGCUGUUGCAUAAGACGAGCUGCCACCCAAAUUCCAGAGGAAGGUGCUUGUUCGCCUUCCAGCCCCCCUUUUUGUAACUGUGUCUCUUCGACACCAUGAUUGUUUUGUUAUCCCUCCACAAAUUCUCAUCACAAGUCACGUUCCGCUGGCUUAGAAAUCAAUUCAUUCUGAUCCCACGCCACCUGGAAUAAGCCCUGCUUUGGGGAGAUAUUGGACGCUCAGUGCAACAAAAAAAAAAAAGUCCACACCUACCUUUCUCGCUUUCAUGGGCGAGGAAAUGAAGGACAAAAUGAUUAAGUCGUAAUUUGCAAAGAAAAAUGGAUGUGAAGCAAAGUUUAUUUUGAAGUGAGUUUCUACUGAGAAUCAUUUUUAAAUUUUUCCCGAGGAGGAAACGUCAACCUGCACAGAGGAAUAUCUCCUUUUUCCCAAAAAAAGGAUCUGUCCUUUCUCUCUUUAAAGACAGUAGCCCUCACUGAGGGACUAUAUUAAGACGGCAAAUCGUGUCCCCGCUGGCCACCAAUAAUGUAGAACAGGAUAAUUUGGAAAAUUGAGCCACUGCUGGGAGUUCUAUUUUUUCUAUCUAUGCUGGAUAGCUUGUUAGCCUGCCAUUAUGUUACUGCGUUUCAUGAGUAAAAAAGAUUGUGCAGGACAAGUGGCAGAGGGAAGAAGUCUCCUCUCUGUAUAGACGUUUUUAAAUAGCUCCUCCUCGAGAACAAUUUCAAACGUACACAAUGACACAUGAGAUGAGUUGGCUCAAUGUGAUUAUGUAAGAGUUUCAUACCAGCUUUAGCCCAUGUAUUUUGCCUCUUCCUUUUCCAUGGAUUUACAGCGUUGGACUUUUCCCAUGCUUUUUUUCUCCUCUUUUCUGGAAGCGUCGACCAGAGGGCAUGGAUGUCAGUGCGUGACCCUGCGCCGAGUGUGCGGGCGAGGCAAGGUGCUUUGGCUGCCCAGGUGCUUUUAAGAUGUUGAGGUCUCCCUGCGCGUCCGGGGCCCCUGUUCGGAUCAGUAGCACUGAGGCUCCCCGUAGCCAAAGACAUGGACCCCGACUCGGCUCCCCCACGCCCUCAGCCUGUUGGCCACUGGCCCCACGUCGCCCUGUAAAGGAUGUCCCUCAGCAGAGCUCCGGCCCGGGACACCUCUGAGACCCCCAGCCCGAGAGAACGCAUCCGCAGCCACAUGAAGAUGGUGAUCGACCAGCUGGACGGCAUUCUCAAAGAGCUCAAGGAUGUGGCCAAGGAACUCCGGGAGGUGGUGGGUCAGAUCGAUAAACUUACGUCCGACUUUGACUUUGACCUGGAGCCAGAUGACUGGACGGUGGCCACAGCCAGCAGCACGUCCAGCAGUGAGCGAGGCUUGGGAGAUGCCUUCAGGCUGGACUUCCUUAAUGCAGAUGUGCUUUCCGAUAGCUGGGAGUUUUGCAGCUACCUGGAGGCUGCUGGAGGAGCCGCACGCAGACCCGGUGAGCAACCAGGGGAUCUACAACCGGAGCUGGGCCAUGGGACCAUCCCCACCCAGACACAGACCCCGACUCCACCCCCCACCACUGCCUCGGUGUACUCCCAGAUGAAUGGCGGGCUGCCCAUACCCAACGGGCCCCGCAUCAUUACUCCGGACUCCUCCAGCGAGGAGGCCAGCAGCUCCACGCACAGCCACAAGACUUCUCGUACCUCCGGCACAAGAGAACGAGUGCGUUUCAGUGACAAAAUUCUGUACCACGCCUUGUGCUGCGACGAUGACGAAGAGGAGGAGGAGGAGCAAGACGGGUUAGAGGAGGACAAGAGUGGCUGUGCGACACCAGAAAGCGAUACUGAGCCCGGUCCCCUGGCCAGCUCAAUGGCCCCCAAACGUUCUUCCUCUGAGCACUCACUCCACCAUAACUGUCUGGACCCUUCCUACGUCUCCUCACCAGUGAAGGGGAUGACAGGAGCUCACACACUACCCAGGAAAGGUCUCUUAAACCCCGGCUGCCGCAAAAAACUGUUACGAAAUAGCAGCACACAAACUGUCUCUGACAAGAGCACCCAAACUGUACUGCCCUAUGUUCCAACCAAACAGAAAACAAAGGACCACUGAGAGAGCCCCGAUUUUAUCUUAAAUCUCAUGAAGAGGACUGUGCAUUAUUUAUUAUUAAAUACAUAGCUCAUAGAUUAAUACACAAAUUAAUUAAUUACUAAAUAAAUAAAUGAUAUAUGGGAAAACACUCGACUACCUAAAGUCAUUCUGAGGCUCAGGGAAAACAAUGAAAUGAAGUUAAAGCAGAUGAUUUUGAUGAAAGUUAAUGUUGGACCAAACGUUCUAAGGUUUAAAGACUGGAUUCCAGGCGGAAAUUACAAAAGCAAUCAUAACUAAUAGUUCAAAAUUGGGAUUGGCGUAUGAAGAGGUCCGUCUCCUUCCUCAUUCCAGUCACAAUAAAUUAGAAAAAUAUGCCUGUUCCCAUAAUGUGGAAACAAAACACUGCACAUUCUGUACUCUGAAUCUGUAUAAAUGUCUUUUUUUCCAUGUUCACGUUUUUUCAAAUGUCAAGGGGAUCAUUGCUUUCAGAAGGGAAAUGUAUCGAGAUGCACAUGUCAACCCUCUUCCUCUUUUUGAUGUCGACAAACAACUUUGAGUGAAGAGCCAGAAAACAACUCUAUUUACCUGCCCUUGGUUUGAUAAAUCAUCUCAAUGCGAUCUCUUCUUGGUUUGCGGCAGGUGCUGGAACACACGAGUGACAGGCAGAGAAAAUAGAUACAUGAAGUAAUUUGAAGAUAUGCGGUACACAAAAGUGACAUUUCCUAUUUUCUUUCCUUCCCCUCCUCCCUCCUCCAUGCCAGCCAUUGAUGUCAUAAGGCUUAGGAUCUCAGCUAAAUGGCAGUCCACUAAAAAAUUGUAAAAGGUUUUGUCUGUCCGUGCAAUCGCCCAGCGGGGAAGUGAACUCGGUAGAGCAGCAUUUUAUUCACAGGGCUAAAGCCAAUAGCCGUUCCUGAUCAAUAUGUUAGAGGGAGGUUGCAGUGAGAGGUCUCUCUGCUGAGCGUGCAUGCCACUCUCCUGGGAUCUGCGAACAAAAACUCACAGUCAGACCUAUUUACUGACACUGAGUGGAACAAAAAUUAGAACUGGGCCCCUAAAGAACUGACAUUUCAAUAAAUGUGCGUCCAGGAGCGAGAGCA